CCCGAAGAUCCACCUCGGCGUUUUCGGCGUUUUACGCGUUUUACAGAUUCAUCCGAAGAGAAGACGCAGAUUAAAGAAGGAUUCCUGCUUUGGUGCAAUUACAAAACCCCAUGGAGAAUUUUCCAGUUACAGAGAUGUUCAAGAAGAAAGUAAAGAACAUGUUCUACGGCCACCCAGAUACAGAUGUGAACGGUCCGGGGGAUGAAGGGAAGACAAAGAUCAGAGGGACAGUGACACUGAUGAAGAAGAAUGUGUUGGACUCCACUGAUGUCAAGGCUUCUCUUCUUGAUCGGUUUCAUGAGUUCUUUGGCAGGGGUGUUUCUUUGCAGCUCAUCAGUGCUACUCAUAGCGACCCAGCUAAUGGGUCUGGAGGGAAGCUUGGGAAGGCAGCCUACUUAGAGAAUUGGAUUACAACAAUUACAUCACCAAUAGCAGGAGAAGAUUCUUUCUCUGUUACAUUUGACUGGCAUCAGUCUAUGGGUGUUCCUGGGGCUUUCGUAAUCAGGAACUAUCAUCACAGCCAGUUCUACCUGAAGUCAGUCACUCUACAAGGUGUUCCUGCAGGUCACAGCACGGUAGAUUUCAUCUGCAAUUCCUGGGUCUACCCUCAACAUCUCUACAAAUAUAAUCGAGUCUUCUUUUCCAACCAGACCUACCUUCCACAUCAAACACCGGAACCCUUGCGGAAGUACAGGGAAGAAGAACUCGUAAAUCUAAGAGGAAAUGGGAAAGGAAUGCUUAAGGAAUGGGACAGAGUUUAUGACUAUGACUAUUAUAAUGAUCUGGGGAGUCCAGACAAGGGUCCAAAAUAUGCACGCCCUGUCCUUGGGGGAACACAAGAGUAUCCAUAUCCCAGAAGGGGGAGGACUGGAAGGAAACCAACCAAAAAAGAUCCCAAAUCGGAGAGCAGACUGCAAUUUCUAAGUCUAAACAUUUAUGUUCCAAGAGAUGAGAAGUUCAGUCCUGUGAAGUUUUCAGAUGUUCUGGGAUAUGUUGUGAAAUCCUUGUUCCAAGUAUUGCUUCCGGAGGUUAGAUCAUUGUUUAACAAAAACAAAAAUGAGUUUGAGUCCAUUGAAGAUGUACUUAAGCUGUAUAAGGGGUGCAUCCCACUACCAAAUAACGAUACCCUCAAAAAGGUAAGGGAGUGCAUUCCGUGGGAGUUGAUUAAGGAACUUGUUCGAAAUGAUGGUGAGAGACUCUUGAAAUUUCCAGUGCCUGCUGUGAUACAAGAGGAUAAUUCUGCUUGGAUGACAGAUGAAGAAUUUGCAAGGGAAAUGCUUGCUGGAGUCAAUCCAGUAAUAAUCAGUCGCCUCCUAGAAUUCCCUCCAGCCAGCAUCCUUGAUCCUAAAGUGUAUGGCAAUCAGAACAGUACCAUAACAGAGGAACAUAUAGAGAACAACAUGAAUGGACUAACAGUAGAAAAGGCAAUAAGAAAUAACAAGCUAUUUAUAUUAAAUCAUCACGAUGCAUUAAUGCCAUACCUGGCUCGGAUCAAUUCCACUGGCACAAAGACUUAUGCCUCCAGAACGCUACUCUUGUUGCAAGAUGAUGGCACAUUGAAGCCAUUAGCAAUUGAAUUGAGCUUGCCACAUCCUCAAGGAGAAAACCAUGGUGCUGUCAGCAAAGUUUUUACCCCAGCACAGGAAGGCGUUGAAGGUUCAAUCUGGAAGUUGGCCAAAGCUUAUGUAGCAGUUAAUGAUUCUGGCUACCAUCAACUGAUCAGCCACUGGCUAAACACUCAUGCUGUGAUAGAGCCGUUUGUUAUUGCAACUCAUAGACAAUUGAGUGUUCUUCACCCCAUAUAUAAGCUUCUGCAUCCCCAUUUCCGUGACACAAUGCAUAUAAAUGCUCUGGCUCGUCAUAUACUUAUUAAUGCUGGUGGAGUGCUGGAGAACACGGUUUUCCCACGUGAGUAUUCAAUGGAAAUGUCAGCUGUCAUCUACAAGAAUUGGAAUUUCACUGAGCAGGCACUCCCAGCUGAUCUGCUCAAGAGAGGUAUGGCAGUUCCAGACUCAAGCUGCCCCCAUGGCCUCAAACUUCUGAUAGAGGAUUAUCCAUACGCAGUUGAUGGGCUGGAAAUCUGGUCAGCCAUUCAAACAUGGGUAAAUGAUUAUUGCUCUUUUUACUACCCAACAGACAAAGUGGUUGAAGAUGAUAAUGAACUCCAGUCAUGGUGGUCAGAGCUCCUCAAUGUAGGCCAUGGUGAUAGGAAAGAUGAACCAUGGUGGCCUGGGAUGAACACGGUAGCUGAGCUUAAGCAAACAUGCACCAUCAUCAUAUGGUUGGCUUCUGCUUUCCAUGCAGCCAUUAAUUUUGGUCAGUACCCUUAUGCUGGCUACCACCCUAACAGGCCAACUAUAAGCCGUCGCUUCAUGCCCGAACUAGGCACCCCAGAAUAUGAGGAGCUUGAAAAAGAUUUUUCAAAGGCCUUCAUGAAAACAAUCACAGCACAGUUUCAAACUCUCCUUGGUGUGUCUCUAAUAGAGGUUUUGUCACGACAUUCAACUGAUGAAGUUUAUCUUGGACAGAGAGAUACACCAGAGUGGACUACAGAUGCUGAACCACUAGCUGCAUUUGAUAGAUUUCGAAAGAAGCUGGCAGAAAUUGAGCACAAAAUUAACGACAGGAAUGAAGAUGACAGAAUGAAGAACAGAAAGGGACCAGUCCAGGUGCCAUACACCCUUCUUUAUCCUUGCACUUCAGGUGACUCUAAAAACGCUGGACUCACUGGUAAAGGAAUUCCAAAUAGUAUCUCAAUAUAAUCCUUUUUAUGUGUACAAUUUCUAAAAUUUCGAAUUAUUUGGAAAAUUGGAAAUGAUGGGGACUAAAUUGACUCAAAAACA